AUGACCUCCCCUGUGCGAGGAAUCUUUCAACAGUUGGGCACCUGGAUCAAUUUCAGUUUACCUUCCUACCCGCCCGAAAGUGAAAUCAUCAGGGACUCGGCUUUAUCUACACCUUUACACUUGGCCGCCUACCAGGGAGACCUCGAUGAAGUAAAGGAGCUGGUCAGGUCGGGGGCGGAUCUCGGGGUAACAGAUAGUAGAGGAUGGACACCUCUGAUGCUAGCUGUGAUGGAGGACAAAGAAGAUACUGCGGCAUUCCUCGCCAAGAAGAUGACUGUCCAGGAGUUGAAUGUGGUGGACAUGUUCGGGUACAAUGUGUUACAUCUGGUGGUUUUACGUCCUUGUCCGUGGUCACAGAUAAUGCAGGUCAUAGUUUUUACCUGUCCUAGCCUGUUACGGCAGAAGAAUAGUUCCGGGCGCCGACCGAUAGAUACUGCAAGAGUUAUGGGUCAAGGUGUUUACGACAUUCUCGAACGAAUUGAGCAGAAACAGCAGCUGCAGCAGCAGCAAGAAUAUACCUCAGGAAUAGCCAACAAUGAGGAAAAGCCUUGUAAUAUCACCAUUACUGUCGUUGGUCAUCAUGGAGUUGGCAAAUCUUGUUUCGUCCGGCAACUCAAACAGGAAUCUAUUCCGGAAGGUGGACCAGGCUCGACAGAUACCGCUGACUUCUACGUCAAUAUUAUAGGCUAUAACCCAGACACCGGGUUUAGACAAACACUUGAUGAAAACGGAGAAAUGGAGUCAGGUCGACAGCGACUGCAACGUAUCAUUGCCCGGUAUCGUGAAGAAAAAAAUACCGCUGCACAACUGUCUGCAGAUACACCGGAUGAAAACGGCGAUAAGGAGGAGGCAUCUGCCAGUACCCAAGAUAUAUACGAUGAUAAAAGCGAGGUGUCAGUGGAUGCACCUAUGUUGUCACCGAGAAAAAAGACAGAGGAAGUUCAACAACAGGAAAUACCUCAUCAAAGUAGCGAAAACCCUUCUUCUUCAGAAGUUCAACAGGAAGCAAUAACACAAAAACAAAAUAGAAGACAUAUCUCUUCAGAAAAACAAAAUAGCGAAAUAGAGGCGGUAAUGCUCACCAAGACAGAUGACGAUGGUGAAGAGAACGUGAAGGGCUUCGUCACGAUAUACGACUUUGGUGGGGAGAAGGUUUUCUACAACACGCAUCAUUGUUUUAUGUCAAGCAACAUGAUCUUCGUCCUGGUGUUCGACGUGGCUAUGUGUCUGGAUCCGCUCAGACAGAAAGAUGGUUACGAAAGAAUCGAGUUCUGGCUGAGGUCGAUCGCUACCUAUGCUAUCGACAGAGCAGCACAUGGUAAAGGAACCCCUCCUAUCAUCCUCGUGGGAUCUCAUUUGGACUCUCUUUCCCGGAAUAAAGAAGACCAACAGCAUUUAUUUGCCUCAGUGCUAGAAAAGCUGUACGAAAAACCUGACCUAGGUGCAAUUAUGGAAACCCACGUCCAGGAAAUGUUCCCCAUUGCAGAUCUGAAUGAUUCCACGAAAAAUCAAGCAACGUACCAGCAAAUAUGGAAAACGAUCAUAGAUAUUGCCCCACUCCAAUCUCAAUGGAUGAAGCCUGUACCUGCAAGAUGGGUCGCCUUUGAACACGAGUUGGUGAGACUGAAGAAUGAUGGCAAGGUUAUCCUGACAUAUAAUGAUUUGUUGGAAAUCAACAGGAAGUUAGCAGUACCAUUAGUAGAAGAUGAUAUCAUGAAAUUCUUAUGGAAAAUGAAGUGUUUUGGAUCAUUCCUGUGCUUUGAUCUCCAUAACAAGAAACCGUUCAUCGCUCUGCAAGCACAGUGGAUAAUAAAUGCAUUCAAAGCCAUCAUCACCGACCCAAGGUUCAUUACGGAACUAACAAUGAAGCAAAAACUUGAGUGGAGAGCAUAUGAGAAAUCUGGUGUUUUACCAGUAGAAUUUAUCCGGAAACUUUGGGGACGACACGAGGAAUUCCGAUUCCUUGAAGAGGAAGACACUCUCUACAUUGCAUUGGAAACUCUCGGUUUACUGUCCAAACCCCUGUCUGUAGACGCAGAGGUGAAUUACUUCAUAGUACCUAGCAUUCUUCAAACUGCAGAUCCCGAGCUAAUUCGUCCCGUUCUUGAUGAUCCUGACACUGUCACAACUGUCGCCCUUUGCCUCAAGUUCGACAACCCGUUCAUCCCACAGGCCGUCUGGGACAAGAUGAUUGCCGCCUGUAUCCACAGGUUUCAGCGACUUGAAGAGCUCGGUCUGGAUGGUUCGAAGUUUAUUCAGCGCGGAUUUGCCUGUCUGCAGGUGAACAGUCUUUGGAAAAUGAUUAUCUUAUGUAAGAACAAUGCCAUGAAAAUGGUCAUGUUCACGAGAAGUAGGGAUCAAGAAGUACUGCUGCAUGGAACCGGAAUCAGUCUUCGUAAAAUCAUGCAGGGCAUUCUCAUGCGAAUUCUUGAGCUGAAUAAUCAAAGUCAUCUUGAGUACCAAUUCUACCUCCACAACGACUACCGAUUCACGCCAGGUGAACGAAUGGUUAGAAUAGAAGAUCUCCAUCAAAGGGAAAGUGUAGAAUGCUACAGUUCGGAUGGAUCUGGAUGGAUACACAAAAAUGAUCUCUACGUCUGGUUCGAGGAUGACAAGCAGAAGAUGCAGCAGACUGAUCAGCGCUACGCUGACAAAACAAAAGAUUUGCCGGAUAGAAAUUUGUCGUCCAAAGAGAUUGGUAGAUUGUCUAGAUACAUCCUCGGUUCAUACCUGACAUUUUUUGUCGACCUGGACUGUCCUGAGGAGACAGUGGAACAGGACAUGAUAGAGCACCGCCACCUCACCUUUAGAUCCCGCAUCACGAAGGUCUUCUUGCAUCUCCGUAAAAUGAAGGUGGAUAUUAGUUUCGGGGCUAUAGCUGACGCAAUGUCAAAACACGGAAUGGAUUCUGCAAAACUGAUGAACACUCUUGACACUGACCGCAAUGUGAACAGCGUUUAUGACGAGACGUUGCCAGAUAGAUUCCUGCAACAGUGCCUGUCUAUGGAGGAUGCUUCUAAUAUCGCUGACCAUGUCGACAUUAAGGCAUAUUUUAACUUUUUCCUUGAGCUCGGUAUUUCACCGGCAAAGGUAGAUGACUUUGACGACCAAUACAGACACGUAAAAACUCGCGUGAAGGUCACUGCCAUGCUUGAAGCGUUCAUAAAAGAGAUCGAUCCCUGUCCAACGGUCAACACAAUACUCCUGGCGAUACAGGAAUGCGACAUGGACACCGAAUCCCUGAUCGCAGCAUUAAAAUCUCCAUAGAUGCAGGAUAUUUUAGUGACGUAAAGAAGAUACAACAGUUAGCCAUUGAACCUGGUUUAGGAGAUGAUGUACCAGAUAAACCCAGCCCAGGAGGGUAGGACGUAAUUAGGACGAUUGUAUCAUAGUUACCACUUGUAUUUAAAUGUGUACUCAAUUGCAAAGGAACUAUUUGCUGUAUAGUAGCUGAGUAUAACAUGUUACUGUAUAGCGCUUUAAAUUCGAUGGGUCAAUAUUUCGCGGUUUUGUAUUCAGUACAUAUUCGCGGGGGUAUAAUUUCGCUGUGCACCCGAAUAUCAUGUGUCGUACAAAGUAUUUUGAGGGUCAUCAUUUAAGGGUUAAACCUCGAAAUACAGGUAAACCGUUUGAAAACACUGAUCCCGUGCAUCAUCAUUCGCCACUGACUUCACUCGAUAGAAGCUCGCAGGUGUAUGUACCUUUGUAGGAGUAAACUGUAAUCAAUUAAUCACCUACAUUGUACACAUCAAUAUGUUGUGGUCACUUAUAUGUUAGUGUUGUUUUUAGAUGUACGACCUAGUUGCCCGGUGAUAAUAUUUAAGCUUGCAUAACAGCGUUGGAUUAUAGGUACUUUCAACAUGUGAUAAGGUCCGUAAAAGUGGUUAACAUUUUCGAAAAUUUCGCUGGUGUUUAGAAUUCGCGGAAAUUAGUCAUAGCGCGAAUAUAGCGAAACUAAAACCCCUGCGAAAUAUAACCGCUAUAAAGUAUGCAGAUCCAAUCAUCGUGUUGCUGACUUAAGAAAUGUUAAUACAGGUCAAAUACACAAAUUAUGGUAUUAUGAAUGGUCAAUAUUUUGUCAUUGGCUGUGUAAAUAAGACAUACUAUGUAUAAUUUGUAAAACUGGUAAGCCAUCCUUUACUAUUUAAUACUAAAUGAAGGUAUAUCAUGUAUUCAAUGGGAUAUAAGCUAAUCAAUACACACAUAUAAUAUAAUAUAAUAUAAUGUUUAUAAACAACAAAUAUCCCUGUACAUUUCAAGGUAUAUUUUAUUCUUCAAUGUAAGAUGUAAUUCAAUGGCAGUUUGGUCAUUAUAUGUCAAAAUGCAUCUAGAACAAACCGUAUAUAUUUGGAAAAAAGGAUAUCUUAAUUUUGGAAAAUUUUUUAUUUGCAAUGGAGAAAUCUAUAUCUGAUUUGCAUAUUAAGAUAUCGUAUUUUUUUUAAAGAUAUCAUUUGUUUCUAUUAGAGAUUUCUCUAUUUCAUUUUAAAGUGUUUCCUGUGUGUGUUUCUCUUUUUCAUUGAAAUUCAUGUCAAAUAAUUUGGUAACCCCAUUUGGUUAUUAUAUGUUAAGCUGGCUUGUCAUACAAUGCAAAAGCAAAAAUCUAAGUAAGUCAUAAUCCACACGUACAUGUUUAAUGUGGUGUCUGUGUGUAAAUACAUGUUAUGUACGUAGGAUGUUUACUUUAUCAAAUAUACAGGAUAAUGCACAACAUUUUUGAAAGGUAUAAUGGAAGACACAUAUAAUUUGUAUACGUUUCGGGCUGGGUCAAUAAGUACAGUUGCAUGACCCUUGACCGUUCAUUUUACUUCAGAUCAUCGUAGUCCAUCCAUUUCCAUGGUGAACUGUCUGGGUACGGCGAAUUGCCGUAAUAACGUAUACUAAUGUAUUUGCUUAAAUUAUGGCAUUCUAAUAUUGACUAUCAAUACUGAUAUUAAUUACAAUGGAAUUAAAAUUAACAGAAAAUUCCGAUUCGCAAAUAAAUGUGAACAUUAAUCUCUCCAGAAAUAAAGUGAUUUACAGUAUGUUUCAUUAAUACAUUUUUUUUCAAAAUCAUCUCACAAAAUGGAUUUUAAAAUUGAUAGCAACUCAUGUAUACUUUAACACGACUCAAAAAGUGUAACGCUAUCAAGUUUGAUUCACUGCCAGAAUACGACACAUUUUGUUUUUUAAUGAAUAGGUGCAUUUUCUGUAGAGACAUAACAAUUAACCUCUUUUAGUAUUUUGAUUUUCUUUUUGAAUAAUUAUUCGUGUUUAGCCCUGUGAGUGUUUAUGGUACACGGGUUUCAAAUAAGCUUUUCUCAAAAAGAGACCCCAAUUCUUUGAUGAAGUUAAUUGGGUACUUAUAGGCAUGCUAAUUUGUUGGUUUCUGGUCUAUACAGCGGAAAUAAUAAUAUGUUUGUAUAUGUUAAUUGAAGCUCAGCAUCAUAUCUAUACAGUUCAAUGUGUUUUUUGUGGCAAUUUGCUUGUUAAUAAUCAAUAGCAAUAAACGCGUAUUCAAACGCCUGCGAUAAAGGAUAUUCGUUGCCGUUAAAACGGACGAGUUGUUAUUCAAAAAUAAGUGUUCUUUUUAAGAAACAAAUAUCUUAGAAACCAUACUUUACUUGAACAUGAACUACCAUAGGCAGUCGAAACAUUCCAAAUUUGUAAUUUGAAAGUUUAAAUAUCUUGGACGAAAUGUCUUAAUUGUACCUUAUGUUUCAUUUGAAUGCAUUGGCUUGUUUGCCACAACAUGAUUUUAUUUUGGAAAACCUAGUUUUGUAACACGACCCUUAACUGUUUUGUUGUUGCUAAAUACACCACUGAGUACAAACGUGUUCUAGUAUAAAAUAAUGUAUGUGUCAAUUUAAGUAGGUCUGGUGUAGAUUUUUGAUAGCUGUAUUGUAAUGAACAGUCCGGAUAAAUGAGUCUGUGCAGUAUUGUUUAACUACAUUCUGAAGUAGCAAGGUUCGACUUUGUUUAUCAUAACAGUUGCAAUUAACUAAAACUAAGGUAUUAGGGACACUGUGAUACAAAUGUGACUUUAUUUAAGAUCGUCGUAUUUAGUUCGUGUCCUUGUCCAAACCUUACUUCUCAAACAACGGACACAUAAUUAUUCAAUAUACUCGAUGCGUUUUGUACAUUUUCUCUUUGACAAAUCCAUAAUAGAAAACAAUAAGUCGAAGUUUACAUUUCAGUUUAUCAAGGACAUACAUUUUAAUGGUAACACUUUACAUUUUCUUUGUGAUGUCAAUGUCAAAUACCUGACCAAAGGUUAAUACACUGUAUAGUUGGUGUUUAAGUUCUGCGUUUUACAUACCUCAGUAUUCAUAUUCAUAAAAUUACAUCAUUAAGCUGAAUCAAUGGUGUAUUAUAUUGGAUUCAUCAUCAUAGAUUGGUAUAAUUUCAUCGCAAAACAAUAUCUUGACACGCAUGGAAGACUACGUGGUAAUCAGCGUUUAUUGUAUGUUAUUUCGUAAUUGCAAAAACAUAUACUUUAUGUUCAUAUUCUGAUUUUUUUGGUUAAAAAACAAACCUUUUUGAAAUUGCAGCCUUGCCAGAUGAAUCCGCAGUUGUUGAUACGUGUUACUUGUCAGAUUAGGAUGCGUUUAAAAAUAAAAUGCCUUACUUGGCUGAGAGCCAUGUACUUCUAUCUGUGUAGAAUAAUUGUCAAUUAUCCCUUUUAUGAUAGAUGCAUCAAUUGUUCAUAUUAAUCAUUUUUUUUCCGCUUUUUUUAAUUUGUUGUUGUGUAAUAAUUCAACACUGUACAAUUGUGGUAAAACGUUAAUGCCUUAACAUAACGCUUGUAUGUUAAGUGAGUAUUGUUAAGGAUCCCUGCACCACGACCAAACUAUUCAACUAGAAAUUGGAAGGGGUUUGUGGUACCUGCAUGACAAUAGCGUAAUCGAAUCAAUCCUGAAAGGAAGCAUAAUUGUGUAAAACAUUGACAGUAACAAAAAAUAAUAUGUUAUAAAUUAAAAAUUAAAGGAAUCCUGGGAGUAAACGUAAGUCGGGAUUGACCUGAAUUGGAACCUCUUGCUCAGCGAUGAAUUCCUGGCCAAUCCUCUUCAAGUAUAUCCAGAAUGAAAUUAGGGAGAGGGUACUGUAUAUAUGGAAACCUAUACAUUGGUUAUCUUCUGUUUAGCCCGCAGUAAGACAGGGAUCCUUAAUAUUUAUGAAUGGAAAUAAUAAAUCAUUAUAACACGAACCCAACACCGUGAUAAUGUUUGUAUAUUGUAAGAGUGAUUGGAGUAAAAUGUAAACGUAACAGUUUCCCGCGUGAUGAUAAUGUCACCUCAUUUAUUGCAGCAUGUUUGGUGUUUCAUUUUGGAGCAAUGUACUAUCCAUGUCCACCAUUAAAUCAAACUGAAAAAUAAAUCGAAAAACAUCUUUCUAUU